AUCACUCAGCGAUCCUCCGUUUUGCUGCUACUGUACUUGCAAAAUAGUGCGCCCUACUGUCUCUAUUGCGCAUGACUGUACGGCGUAAUAUGAAGUAGGCCUCCUGUUUUUCUCCCCAACCCGGAGUCCUCCUGGCCCCCACCGCCUCGAUGCAACGCUCAAGUAAGCAAAACACGGAGGCUGCCGUCGACUAUUCGCGAAGGUGAGGUGUGGCCGACACGUGAAGAUUUGUCAGUGCCUGGAAGAAUAGGAUCUAAAACAGCUAGCUUUGCCUGCAAAGAGACAUUCCAGAAAGUCUGGUUGAUCACCAUGUCUUUCCCAUUGUCCGGUGUCCUUUCGUGACCCCAAUGACCCCAAAGGCAGUUUUGACCAUAGAGUCAGCUUUGACCCCAAACCCUCUCUACGAUCCCUGAGAAAAGACAUCAAUUGACCACGUGCAUAAGCUGCAUUGGGGUGGUCUUCCAAAUGCCUACCUCACGCCUAAAGAGCAAAUCACUGCAGCCACAGCCCUGAUCAGCAGCCACCAUGACAUCAAGCAUAGGGGAUGAUUGUAGCAUCUUUGAUGGGUUGAUGGAAGAUGAAAAGGACAAAGCAAAACGUGUGUCCCGAAACAAAUCUGAGAAGAAACGGAGAGACCAGUUCAAUGUCCUCAUCAAGGAACUCGGCACCAUGUUGCCUGGCAACACCAGGAAGAUGGACAAGUCCACCAUCCUGCAGAAAAGCAUUGACUUCCUGUGUAAACACAAAGAGAUCGCAGCCCAGUCGGAGUCGAGUGAGAUCAGGCAAGACUGGAAGCCUCCAUUUCUUAGCAAUGAGGAGUUCACCCAGCUCAUGCUGGAGGCUCUGGAUGGGUUCUUUAUAGCAAUAAUGACUGAUGGGAACAUCCUCUACGUCUCUGAGAGCGUCACCUCACUACUAGAACACCUGCCGACGGACUUGGUGGACCAGAACUUGUUAAACUUCCUGCCAGUAGGGGAACACUCCGAGGUGUAUAAGGCUCUGUCCACACACCCCACCGACCACGACAACCUUAACUCGGAUUACCUGAAGACAAAGAACCACAUGGAGUUCUGCUGCCAUAUGCUGCGAGGGACCAUUGACCCCAAAGAACCACCCAUCUAUGAAUAUGUAAAGUUCAUUGGCAACUUCAAGUCACUCAACAAUGUCCCAAACGUGACGAGGAAUGGUCUGGCGGGGGUAUUACAGCGGUCACUACAACCUGCGUUUGAUGACCAGGUGUGCUUUGUAGCCACUGUUAGGCUGGCCAAACCUCAGUUUAUCAAGGAGAUGUGUACAGUGGAGGAGCCCAAUGAAGAAUUCACCUCCAGGCACAGUCUAGAAUGGAAGUUUCUUUUCUUAGACCAUAGAGCUCCACCAAUCAUAGGCUACCUGCCUUUCGAGGUUCUGGGAACAUCAGGGUACGACUAUUACCACGUGGACGACCUGGAGACACUGGCCAAGUGUCACGAACACUUGAUGCAGUACGGUAAAGGGAAGUCUUGCUACUAUCGUUUCCUGACUAAAGGUCAACAGUGGAUCUGGCUUCAGACGCACUACUACAUCACUUAUCACCAGUGGAACUCUCGACCGGAGUUUAUUGUCUGUACGCACACAGUAGUCAGCUAUGCAGAGGUGAGGGCAGAACAGCGCAGAGAGCUGGGCAUUGAGGAGUCUAACCCAGAAGUUACUGCGAAUAAGAGUCAGGACUCAGGCUCCGAGUCACAGCUGAAUACAUCCAGCCUCAAGGAGGCUCUGGAGCGAUUUGACCACAGUCGAACCCCAUCAACCUCCUCACGGAGUUCUCGCAAGUCCUCAUCACAUGUCUCAGACAACACUUGCACAUCAACAGCCUCCAAGCUACACAUGGACACAGCCACGCCUCCUCGGCAGUCACUGGCCUCCACCAUGGAGAUGACAUCACAGCGUCGCUCAUCCAUCAGCAGCCAGUCUAUGAGCUCUCAGACCACAGGCCAGAGUGUAACCCCAGGUUUGAUCACUCAGCAGCAACAACAACAACAACAACAACAACAACAACAACAACAGCAGCAGCAGCAGCAGCAGCAGCAGCAGCAGCAACAACAACAACAACAACAACCACAGCAGCUACAGACAAAUGUACAGCCGGUGAUGGAGUUCUCAGCGCAGGUGAAUGCCAUGCAACAUCUAAAGGAGCAGCUAGAACAGAGGACGAGACUGAUCCAAGCCAACAUCCAGCGGCAGCAGGAGGAGCUGAGACACAUUCAGGAGCAGCUGCAGAGAGUGCAGGGACAGGGCAUACAGAUGUUGCUGCAGCAGCCGGCUGGAGCGAUGAACGUGCAGCUCCCCCAGGUGGGGUCCGUCCAACAAGCAGCUACUCUGACCAGUCAGGUCCAGCAAACAACGAUUAACCCUGUCCAUUCAGGAACACAGCAGCUCACCAUCCAGCAGCAGGCAACACAGCCCCAGCAGAACCUCCAGCAGCAGCAGACCAAUGCCCUCACACAGCCCCAGCGUCAGCCCCAGCAGCCUCCCCAGGCUCAGCCUCAGACGCAGGGCUCUGUAUCUGCUCCACUGUACAACACCAUGAUGAUUUCCCAGCCAGGGCAGCCCAACGUGCUGCAGAUCAGCACCAGCCUGCCGCAGACCAACACACAGCAAGGCACCGCAGUGGCCACCUUCACACAGGACCGACAGAUCCGGUUCCCAGCAGGGCAGCAGCUGGUGACCAAGCUUGUGACAGCUCCAAUGGCAUGUGGAGCGGUCAUGGUGCCCACCUCCAUGUUCAUGGGACAGGUGGUCACUGCGUACAAUCCCUUCGGUGGGCAACAGCAGGGAGGGCAAACCCAGACCCUGACUCUGCAGCCAGCCCAGCCGCCCCAAGGUCAGCCCGACGGCCAGAACCAGACGACCGUGGUGGCUCAGAGUGGCCAGCAGGGGCAGCAGCAACAACAGCAAUUCCUACAGGGCACUCGUCUUCUGCACAGUAACCAGUCUACCCAGCUGAUUCUGCAGGCAGCUUUCCCACUCCAACAACAGGGCACCUUCACCCAGGCAACGCACCAACAGCAACCGCAGCAGCAACAACAACAACAGCAGCAGCAGCAACGGCAACAGCAACAACAACAACAGCAGCAGCAACAAUCUCAUCACCAGAGGCACCAGCAGCAGCUGAAACCACAGCCCCAGAAACAGCAGAAAGCCCCUUCAUCGCACAGGACUGACAGCGUCAGCAGCCAACCACAGUAAAGUCUGGAGGAAAACAAUCUGAAAACCUGGGGAAGUGAAACUCUGAAGGGAUCGCUGCAUCCAUUUGUUUUGUUGAUGUGGUUGUCACAAACUUCCUUUUCCCCAAAAAUCGUCGCCCUCCCUUUCUCCAUCCGAAAGAAAUGAAUCAUAGGAAAGAGGAAAGCCUGCGAGUCCACAAGAAACUCGCCAAGGAUUGUCACCAUGGCAACAGGAUGGAUUAAAAUCCCCCUUUCCCUCAUCAGAGGCUGAGCUGUGAGUGAGCUCCAGUCUCUGUGGAAACCCGAGAAAAAAAAAAGACUUUUUUUUUAAGGUGUGUCAAAGUGGACUGAUUGGUGUACAGAUUUACUGUAUGAUAAAAAAACUGUAAAUAUCCAAUAUAGCCUAACAGGAAACAGAAAUGUAGUAUUUUAUAUGAUUGCAUGGAAAGAAUAACUGUGUAAGCUUUUAUUAGUCGCUUUUGAAAACUGAAUUUUUACUUUUGUUCAAGUGUUUUCUGGUCAAAGAUGGAGCAGUGACGUGCUCCCUCAGUCCCCCCCCCCCCACCCCCACACACCCUUCUCUCUUCAAAACAAAAAACAAAAACAGUCCAGAUUAAGGCUUUAAAGUUGUCAGUUUGGUUGGGCUUGGGUUUUCUUGUUGAAGUUGUGUUUUUGAACACUGUGUCUCUUGAGACAAAAAUGGCUCUUUUUAACUUUGUAAGUACAAAUUAUGUUUGGCAAGAAACUAGAUCACAGUUUAACUGAAUUCUUUGCGGAAUGAUCACUGUACGUAUAACGGGUUUAGUGAUUCCAAGUGCCAAGAACUUAGUCAAUUGUUGUUGUUUUUUUUUUUAAUUUCAAGCAGACUAUUCAAAGGCGUAUAUAUAUUUUCCAACAAGAUAUUACCCCUAACAAAGUUAAUGGGUGUGUAUAUAGUAGGGAUUAUUUUUUAACAGUCAGAGAGCCCUAUAAGUAACAAACAGUAUAUCCUCAACCUCCUGAAACUUUAGCACUUGAUGUGGUUGUGUACAGUAAAUCACUGUCGAGACCUAGUUGUUUGUAAUCUGUGGUGUGAUUCCGUGAGCUAGUGUGUGUUUUUGGGGAUACAAUCUUUGUGGGCAUGAGAGUGUCCGUGGUUGAUGUGUGUGCGUGUGUGUGCGUGUGUGUGUGUGUGUGUUUGUCUGUUGCCCCUUGUGUCUUACAAUAAUUGACUUAGUAAGGGUUUUGAAGUUGCUGGAUGGUACUUGUAUUCUCAGGAAUGUGGAAAGUUUUUCGCUUCUGCCUCAGUCUGGAACCGGGGAGGAUGAGACAGUGACGCUGCAAAGACCAGAGUGUU